CUUUUGCACAUUCCAAUGUGCAACAGCUCGUGGAAACUGCCAGUGCUCCCUAGUUAACUGAACUUCAGCCAGCAGGGAUUUGCCUUUCCGCUGGUGCAUGUUCAUGCCUCUGCUAGUCGAUGGCAGCAUGUCACCUUCCUAUCCAUUAAACGGCUUGAGGAGCAAAGACAAGUGUGGCACUGAAGCUCAGUGUUAAUGAAUCUGUUGCUGAGAUCUGGGUCCUUGUGUCUUAGCCUCAGUGUUUCGCUUCCACCAGGAUACAGCAUACUUCUUGCCACUUCAGUCCAACCCAGCUGAGAUUCCCCUCCAGAUUUCCAGACAACUCCCAGCCUUCUCCACAUGCUAUUGAUGACAUUUAUCCAGAUUGCACAUGGAUCUGAGUGAACUGGAAGUUGCGACAAAGACUGGUAUAGCACGUCUUUUUGAUGAGGAGUCUGAGAAUGCCUAUGACAUCCGAUUAAAGCUAUCAAAAGAUGUUAUAACAAUUCAAAAGCAAGAUGUCGUUUGUGUCAGUGGAAGUGAUUCUGAUUCAAAUCACAGAACUGUUACACUUCGCAGACAGCCUGUUGGUGGAAUGGGUCUAAGUAUUAAGGGAGGUGCUGAACACGGCGUACCGGUUGUCAUAUCAAAAAUCUUUAAAGAUCAAGCAGCUGACCAGACUGGGAUGUUAUUCGUUGGAGAUGCAGUGCUGCAAGUUAAUGGCAUUAAUGUUGAAAAUGCUACACAUGAAGAAGUGGUGCACCUCCUGCGAAAUGCUGGGGAUGAAGUUACUAUCACCGUUCAGUACCUCAGGGAAGCCCCUUCCUUCCUUAAACUCCCACUAGGUUCACCAGGGCCAUCCAGUGACCACAGCAGCGGGACAUCCUCUCCUCUGUUUGAUAGCGGUUUACAUUUAAAUGGGAACUCUACAAAUACCGCACCAUCAUCACCUUCUUCACCUUCAGCUAAUGAACCAAAAUAUGAGAAGCGUUGGCUAGAUACCUUAUCAGUCCCUUUGUCGAUGGCUCGAGUCUCAAGGUACAGAGCUGGAGCAGAUCAGUUAAGGCCUAACACUUUUGAAAUUGUGGCACUGGAUGGAAUAAGCACUGGCAUCUUUCAGUUCUACACUGCCCAAGAGAGCGCUGACUGGCUGCGGGCAAUAUCAACCAACAUUAAUGAUUUAACCCUGCAAAAUAUGAAAAUGGCCAAUAAAUGCUGUUCUCCAAAUGAUCAGAUAAUUCACAUGGGAUGGGUGAGUGAGAAGCUGCUAGGAUCUGAUUCCAAUCAUCUUUACAAGUACAAGUUUCUGGGACUGAAAGGUUCGUCGCUUCACAUUUUCAACGCUCCACCGGUCAGCAUUCGCGACUGGCUCUGGGCUGAAAAAAUCUAUAACCUCUGUGAGAUUCUUUGUAAAGUUCACAAGGACUGCGAGCUUCAAGACCAGAGGCCGUAUGGUUUCAGCAUCCUGGCGGGUCAAAGCGAGAAUCAUUAUUUCUGCGUAGAGAUGGGCAGUGAACUAGCAGUUUGGGAGAAAACCUUCCAGAGAGCAGUUUUUAUGGAAGUGCAGAGAACAGGGUCUAAGACAUAUGGGUGCACCUGGCAAGGCCAAGCAUUUUCCUUCACAAUAGACUUCGCUGCUGGAUUUACCUGUGUCGAUAGUAACACAAAGAAUGUCAUCUGGAGAUUCAAGUUCUCACAGCUCAAAGGAUCCUCUGAUGAUGGAAAAACAUGUGUGAAACUGCUUUUUCAGAACACAGAUACCAGACAGAUUGACAUGAAGGAGUUGGAAUUCCCCGAUCUGACUGCAGUGUUGCAUUGUAUACAUUCAUUCAUAGCAGCUAAAGUGGCAGCAGUGGAUCCAGUAUUCGUAGACAGCCAGAGUGUUGCACGGAAGUACAUGUAUAGCAGUUGA